UGUUUAUCAGAUAUGAGAUCUUCACUUCAUAUUUGUAACUGUAAAUCAUAUGUCCACACAGCAAGAUAAAUAACAACUGCAAUGGCUGAGUUAGAUAUGAUUAACAGAGAUCCUAAUGAGCUGAACGGCUUUAUAAAGGCUAGUUUUGAAGAUGUCUUGGGAGAACCAGACGAUGCGCAUAGCUUUGAAUGUGUGUGGACUGCCAGCAAUGCCUGUUUUAAUUGUGGAAGAGAUUGCUGUUACAAAUUUGUAACUUUACUCUGUGGAUUAUGCGUUGCUCUAUACUGGGGUUGUUGUUUUGCAGUCGUCGCGUUUGAGACUAUAUGGUGUAUGACACCGUUGUUGAGAGUUGUCAAUAUAAUUUGCAACUUAUUUCAAAAGUUCUAUACCAUUUGUAUAACUUGUUGGUUAGCACCUUGUUGUGAGACAUUGGGACUAUUCUUCAGUAGAAUAACUGUUGUUAAUAAGUGAUUGCAAUCACAUCAUUUACUUAAAAUGAAAUUAAUUGCACUAACAUGGAAUUUAUUUCAUUUUGUACAGGUGUACAUGUGGGUAAUAUUAUUGAAAUCAUGGUCUAGAUAAUAUAAUUAUAAGAAAUAUGUCAUUAAAUAUAUCAGUGUUUGUAUUAUCAUUUGAGAAAUGUUUUUUGUUAUCCUCUAAAUAUGUGAUCAAAUUUUAUGAACAAACAUAAAUAAAUAUCUAUAAAGAAAA